AUGACGUUCUCUCGCAACGAGGUUAAUAAAGUGCUCGAAGGAUACGAAGCGGUUCAAUAUGAAGCACGAAAGUCUUUUGGCAUGUCUUCGCUUCUCGACAAGGAGAUACUACUCCUUGAUGGUGGGUUAGGCACAACAUUAGAAGACGACUACAAUAUCAAAUUUAACUCAAGAACACCACUGUGGUCGUCCCAUCUCCUGCUUACGGACCCUGACUUGCUCGAGAAGGUUCAGCGCGAAUUUGUGAAGGCAGGAGUCGAUAUCUUACUAACGCCUACAUACCAAGCAAGCUACGAUGGUUUUGCUAAGACUGAGAUCAAUGGCGAGAAUGUCGACUUCUAUGAAGAAAUCUGCCAGUAUUUCGAUCUUGCUGUGGACAUAAGUAAGCAUGCUUUCAAUAACCAGUCCGGUCUCGUCGCCCUGUCACUUGGAGCAUAUGGUGCUACUAUGAGCCCCUCACAAGAAUAUGGCGGCCAGUACGAGAGCAUGUGCGAUGAGGUAAAGCUUGAGCACUGGCAUGUCGCAAGAAUUGCCAUGUAUUGGGCGAGCUUUGACAAGGUUGAUAUUGUGGCCUUUGAGACAAUCCCACGACUGGAAGAGAUUCGGGCCGUCCGCACAGCUGCUAACGUCAAUCGACAUCAUAAAGUCUUUAAGCCAUACUGGGUCACUUGUGUGUUUCCAAACGACGACGACCGGCUGCCAGAUGGAAGCAGUAUUGCAAAUGUUGUCAAAGCACUGCUUGAAGAGAAGCAAUGGGAAGACGGCGUAGAAAUGAAAACCCCUUGGGGUAUUGGUGUCAACUGUACAAGAGUUUCGAAACUCCAAAAGCUAGUCAGAAAAUUUGAAGCCGCAGCGCAGGAGUUGAAAGUCAACCUGCCACGACUAGUAAUUGCUCCAAAUGGUAGUAAAGGUCAAAAUUACGAUAGCACCACUCAGACCUGGGUUGGUGUAAAUGAAGACGAUGGUGAGUGGAGCGAUUCGGUAGCGGACCUCGUACAAGAAAUCAGACAAAGGGGGAAAUGGAAAGGCAUCGUGGUGGGAGGCUGUUGUAAGGUCGAUCCAGACGAAAUAGGAAAGCUGAAGAGAAGACUAGACAACGAUAGGUAG